AGUAACCUCGUUUCCAAAUCUAAUGGCCGUGUGAGGCGUGAGUGGAAACCCGAAGACGCCGCUCCACUCCACAGAGGACGCCUAUACUUCCGUGAAUCCAGCGAGAGCGAGCGAGCGAGCAAUCCGACUUCCUCACCCUCCCCUGCCGAUGCAAGCUUCAAAUCUCCAUCUUGUCGCAUUCUCCCUACCCUCCCUUCGCCCCUUUCAUGGUUUCUUUUGUUCUGAUCGGGUCAUCAAAAUGGCGCCUUUUGGUUGAGAAGCGAAGCUCAGCGGGUGUGGGUUUUGGUCGCUUUCGCUUGAUGUUCUUGGAUUGAAAAAGUUCGACAUUUGGAGAUUGUAUGGUGGUAGUUCUUGUUUGAGAAGCUAAUUCUUCAUCUCGAGCUUCUUGGUUCCUUGAUUGUUGUGGUGGAUUCUCUUUUGUCCUUAGGUUGAUGCAAAAAUUAGGAAAUUUCCUGUGAGGUUCAUUGAAUCAUUGGUGUAGGAUGGCUAACAAAAACACGCAGCUGUAUUGUCCUGGAUGCCGGCAUCCUUUCUUAUUUUGUCUCAGCUUUGCCAUAAUACUGGUUCUUCCCUACCUAUUUUUCUUGGAUUAUGCCGGUUCAAAAGAGAAGUUCUUUUCAAUGAUUGAGAAUCGGAGAACCCCUUUGAAUGACCGUGAGGAUGAACCCACAUUGUCGACAGAGUCAACUUUUCGAAAUCAAAAUGGACCAGCAGAUGAGGAUCUUGAGCGAUGUAAUCCGAGUAAAGCAAUGUUGAAGGUUUUCAUGUAUGAUAUGCCUCCAGAGUUUCAUUUUGGUCUUUUAGAUUGGACAGGAGAUGGAAAGAGUGUGUGGCCGAAUAUCCAGACCAAAAUUCCAGAACAUCCCGGCGGGUUGAAUCUACAACACAGCAUUGAGUACUGGCUGACAUUAGAUCUUCUCUCCUCAAGAUUCCCUGACCGGAGUGCUCCCUGCACGGCUGUAAGGGUUGAUGAUUCUCGUGAAGCUGAUGUUGUGUUUGUGCCUUUCUUUUCUUCUUUGAGCUACAACCGCCAUUCUAAAGUUAAACCACCUGAAAAAAUUAGUAGAAAUAAAGUACUGCAGAAGAAGUUGGUGGAGUAUUUGACAGAUCAAGAAGAGUGGAAACGGUCAGGGGGGCGAGAUCACAUUAUAAUGGCACACCAUCCCAAUAGCAUGUUAGAUGCUCGAACGAAGUUGUGGCCUUGCAUGUUCAUUCUUGCAGAUUUUGGGCGAUAUGCUCCCCAUGUUGCUAAUGUGGAGAAAGAUGUAAUUGCUCCCUACAAGCAUAUGAUCAGGACAUUCUUUAAUGACUCAUCUGAAUUUGAUACUCGGCCUACUUUGUUGUACUUUCAAGGAGCUAUCUACAGGAAAGAUGGAGGCUCAGUUCGACAAGAGCUAUUCUAUCUUUUAAGAGAUGAGGAAGAUGUGCAUUUUUCAUUUGGAAGCAUCAGUAAGAAUGGGAUCAGUGAAGCUAGUCGAGGAAUGCACGCAUCGAAGUUCUGUCUGAAUGUCGCCGGAGACACUCCAUCUUCCAACAGACUAUUUGAUGCCAUAGCAAGCCACUGCGUCCCCGUCAUCAUCAGCGAUGAGAUUGAGCUUCCGUAUGAAGACGUCCUCGACUAUUCCAGUUUCUGCAUAUUUGUGCGCACUUCUGAUGCCGUCAAGAAAGGGUUUCUCAUCAAGUUGAUCAGAGGAAUAAGCCGAGAGGUCUGGACCCAAAUGUGGCAAAGGUUGAAGGCAGUCGAAGGCUAUUUCGAGUUCCAGUACCCUUCUAAGAAAGAUGAUGCAGUUCAAAUGAUAUGGCAGGCAGUGGCCAGAAAAGUGCCAGCAAUUCGGCUCAAGCUGCACAGAGCAAGGCGGUUCGCGCGGUUCAACACAGAAGAUCAAAUUAGAAGCUUUAAAAGCUUUAAAAGUGUGUCAUUGAGGAGCCAUCACCCCCGAAUUCAUUAAACAGUUUCGUGAAGAUUUUUACAGCAACUUCUUUGUUUUCUUUGUGGAGUGUCAAGGAAUUGGAGGAUGAAAUGAUGGGAUUCUACAUUUUGGUAUUGAGAAUAAGUGUUGUUUUAGUAAUGAACGCUAGUGGAGUAAUACGAUCCAGUAUCGUUGGUCCUACGAUAAACGAUAAAGUAUAAGUAAAUCAUCGAGCAUAUUU